CGCUGCCCACUGCCAGAUGAGUCACAUCCAGCUGCGCCUGGGGGAACACAGCCUGAGCUCGUUCUCGGGGUGCGAGCAGUUCUCCGCUGCCCAGAACAUCACCCCCCACUGCAAGUUCUACGCCUCUGGCCUCGACAGCCGGAACUACGAGAACGACAUCAUGCUGAUCCGCAUUUCACCCCCGGCCGUCUACACCGACUGCGUGCAGCCCCUCAGCCUGACUGACACCUGCCCCACACCAGGGACCCACUGCACCGUGAUGGGAUGGGGCACCACCACCAGCCCUGAGGAGACGUACCCUGACACCCCGCAGUGCGUGGACAUCGAUAUAGUCUCCGGGGAGGACUGCCAGGCCGAGUACCCCGGGAAAGUGACGGAGAACAUGCUCUGUGCUGGGGUGCCGGAGGGGGGCAAAGACUCCUGCCAGGGUGACUCCGGGGGGCCCCUGGUCUGUGAUGGGAAGCUGCAGGGCCUGGUUUCCUGGGGAGAUCACCCCUGUGCCCAGGCCAACAAGCCUGGUGUCUACACCAGCAUCUGCAAAUACCUCGACUGGAUCCAGAAGAUCAUCGCGGGGCAGUGACGACCUGGGGGCUGGGCCAGGGGCCAGGAGGGGCUAAUUACUGACCCUAGCUCAGAGUCGGGUUCAGGCUCGAGGAAGACUCAAUAAAUUCUCUGGAAUGCA